AUCUCUUCGCGCAUAAUCAAGGGAAUCUCCUUCAGGCUUCCGGCGCGUUCGUUUGGCGUUCGAAACUGUCGUAAAUGUUCCCUAAAUUUUGCUGCAGGAACGUUCCAGGAAAAAACGUUUUGUCCACUACUGGUAUUAUCGUUUUACUUUUUCAGUCUUGCUUAUCGAGUGACAAGAGAUCUUGUGGCCAGAUACUUGUGGAGAGAAAACACAACAAGCCAGGGUUUCACAGAGAUCUGGUUACCUUUGUGGAGUGGGACAUUCUGAGCAAUUUUGAUGACGAUUCUAAUCAGCUGGAUUGCCAGCUCUUGCUGGUAGAACGUUUUCCAAGUGGCAUUUACGUUGACCCAGAUCAGAUCAAGAAUGAAGUAGAGUUUGGUGGUCCUGAGGUGUUAACAACAGAGACAAUAAAUGUUGAAUCAUUGGCUCACCAUGCUUCGUCACAUAAGAUCUUUGUAUUUCCCAAGAUAGCCAUUGACUACAGACUGAAGACUAUGAGUGCAAAUAUUACCAUUCCAGUUCAUCUAAGGUAUCACCAAGCUGCUAUUGGCACCAAAUUUGCUUCAGUGUCACUUUCUUCUCCAAAGGUCUUUGGAAGAUGUAAUGGAGUUACCUCUCCUGCACUUGAGUGUGGAACUCCACCAAUCAAAGCUCCUUGUAAUGCAAAGGGAAUGCCAAGCUGUGAUUGGGUCCCCCUAAAUUCAGUUAACAAGGACACGUUACAAUCUGACAUACCCGUUGUUUUCCAUGUUCCUGUUGGACAAAUUGAACACAGUUGGCCUAUCAUAGCUCUUACUGUCCUCUCGACCAUGGCUGGAUGCAGCCUGAUACUUUGGAACUCCUUGGCAAUGACAUAACUAUACACCUUUAAAAUGGAACUGUUUUCACUUGAGUGUUGAAAAGUUGGUAUUGCAUUGUUACCCUUCACGAUUGGCUAAAUUUGUGCCACUUUUUGAAGAAGUACUGUAAAACAAAACCAUGGCUCGCUGGUGCACAUUUUCCUGUGCUUCGUGUCAGCUACUUGUGUUUACUAUGAGUUUUGAUUGGUUCAUUGGAUUGUCUGUGCAUGGUUUGUGUCCCUUGUGAUUUUCCAGAGUGAUUACCUUGGUUUUGGUUUUAUGACACUUAAUUGAAAACUGCUUUAAGAGGUACACAAGUAAACUGUGAGCCCGAUGUACUUUGUAUGUGUUCCAUUAAAAAUCUGUAGUAACUAAA